AUGUCCAAUAUCAUUAUUUUUGGCAUUCCAGAAAAUCAGGACUUAAAUCUAAAUGUCAAACAAAGAACUGAUGCUGAUCGAGGUAUGGUAGAUGAUAUAAUUAAUUUGGUUUACAAAGAUGUAUCACCACUAUUUGGUAAAACUAAAUAUUCAUCUAGUCGUAUACAUCCAUUCACUGGUUUAGAUAACAAACCAAGAAUGACAAAGGUUUUUCGAGCUCAAAAAGGAAAAGAAAUUACUAGAGUGGAUGAACCAUCUAUUUGUAUCCAACGACUUUUCUCCUGCUUAGAUACAACAAAGAAACUCACUAAAGCAACAAAUGGAACAAGAUGGAACACUGAACUCAGCUGUCAGAUUCGUGAAUGGAGAGUUCAAGAUCAUCAAAAUAAAUCGUCCAGUCAGGAACCUCUAAAUGAUGAUAAAAUUAAUAAUAACAUCAACACUUGUAAUAACACCAGCCUAAAUGGUAGCAAGUAUGAUACAUAUAAUUUUGAUAAUAUAAAAAACAUUUCUAAUAAUCAUAAGAACCAUAACAAUAAUAAUAUUAACAAAAAUAGUUUCAAUCCAUUACCAUCUCCUCUAUGCAUAAAUAACAAUAUAAAUAACACUUCCAACAAUCAUAAUAACUGCAACAAUGAAAAAAAGGGGUCCAAUUUAACAUCAUCUCUAUUAAGCACUCAACAACUACCAUUACAACUAGAUAUACCUCAUCCAUCUUCUUCUACUUUUUCUACUUUUGCUUCAUCUUCUACCCAUUCACCUGGUUCAAAUGUUCAUCUACCUGACUCUGGUACUACUGAUAUAGGAAAUGAUCAUGAUAAUAAAAAAUUGACCAAAGUUGCUCUUGCUGAUUCAACAAAUACACUAAGUGAUGAUAAUCUUACUUAUGACACAUCUAUGGUGGGAAAAUGUCAACAAUUGUUGAUAUACUACCAAAAUGUCCGUAGUAUAAAGAACAAAGCUGAGGAUAUAUAUCUAAAUUCAUUGCACUGUCAAUAUGACAUAAUUGUCAUCACUGAAUCCUGGCUUGAUAAUUCUAUUUCAUCUACUCACUACUUUGAUUCUAAUAAUUACUUAAUUUAUAGAAAAGAUAGAAAUAAUGAUAAAACUAAAGGUGGUGGUGUCUUGUGCUCACUAAAUAAUCUAAGAAUCAAAAACCAUCAUAUCAUUAAUCUACCACUAGAAAUCACUGAUAUUAGUGACGUUGCACUUCUUGGUGUAUUUGUUGAAUAUUAA